AUGGGAUCUGGGCCUGGAAUCAAAAAUGAGAUUAAUGUGUGGGCCUUACUCUCAACUCCAAUGUUUCUUUCCGCGGAUGAGUCCAUGUUGAUGGAGGGACCAUCUUAUAACUUGCCUUACAAGAAGAACUUAACACCCAUGAAGCCUACCACCACGACCUUAAAGAAUAGGGAUGACGAAGCCCACUGCACCAUCACAAAUGGCGUCAAAGAGUUUCAUGCGUUGAGGUUUUCGAUUAUUGGAGCUGUUGAGUGUGUUGACAUGGAGAAUGGAGAGAACAUUCUGGAUGCGAUUUUCGAAGGUGAAAGUUUGGACGAUGUUGAAAUGGUUGAUGUUGAAGAAGGGGAAUUAGUGGAGCAGGAGCAGAAACAGGAACAAGAUGAUUCACGAAACGUUUCGGGACCAAACGGUGUAGAAGCGGAAUACACAGAACCGCACAGUAAGAACCGGAGGCGUAAAAACAAGAGAAACAGAAGAAAGGGUUCAGGAACAAACGGUGCCGUUGAUAUUAACAGGUUUGUGAUAGAUACAUGUCGGCGGCUGAAAGAGAAAAAGUCAUACAUGGUAUACACAGCUGUUGCUUGCCUUGGCGUUUCUGCGUUAACUGAUCUCAUCAGUGAGGUGGAUGCUAUACAGUCUUGCGGAGGUCAGAAAACUGUCGAUGGUAGGAGAUUUCGAACAAGGGGUGGUGUAUUGUGGAGCAUCAUUAAGGUUCGAGAACCAAAUGCUUAUAAAGAGAUUAUGAAAAAAGCAAAGGAGUUUGAGAAGCAAUUCAGGCAGCCAAAUGUUAAGCAACCACCAGUGCAACAGAAAGAGAAUUCUUCUCUAGGGGAGGCCUCUACAUAUGGUAGCAUUCAUCAGGGCAAUGUUUCUGACAAACCCUUUUCUGCAUUGCCAAAGCAAGAUCAACCUGGAUCAUCAGGUAAAGAGAAACGUAACUCUGUUCAUGACAGAUUAAGGAUUCCUGUUUCUUAUGAUGAUGACUUGCUCGGAUAA